CUUCCGCAUCCGCCCUCGCUGCCAACGACCAUCAUGUCCUCUGCCGUCGUUGUUCGCUCGCUCGUCAACAGGAACGUCGCCUCGGCGGUUGUCCGCAAGUCCUUCAGGCCGCUCGCCCUCCAAGUGAGGCAUGCGCACCAAGAUACCGCAUAUGUUCCUGGUGGUCCCAUUUACAAGGGCACUGUGAACGACCCUACUACAUUUCCUCCACCCAAUCGUAGCCAUGGCUCGUACCACUGGGCGUUCGAGCGCCUCCUCUCUGCUAGUCUCAUCCCUAUGACCGCCGCGGCCUACGUUACCAGCGGUACCAACUACCCUGUCCUCGACGGCAUCCUUGGCAUGAGCCUUAUCGUCCACAGUCACAUUGGGUUCGACAGUAUCGUGGUGGACUACCUGCACAAGCGCAAGUUCCCCGUCCUCGGCCCUAUCACCUCGUGGACUCUGCGCGCGGUAACCGUCGCCGCCCUUGUUGGCGUGUACCAGUUCAACACGAACGACAUUGGUCUCACGGAACUCAUCGCCAAGGUCUGGCAUGCAUGAGGAAGCUUAAAACCCUUUGGACGUUGUGGCUAUCAGCAUCGCUUCCUGCAUUAGCAACAUAUCUGUCUCUGGCCCCCAACAAUGUAAUUUCUUCUCCAGCCAAACGAAUAUAGU